AUAGCUCACAUUGGUUUAGGCUCUAAACUGGGCUGGACCUUUAAUUUGCUUUGCUCUGCUUGUAGAGCUUUGAAGGAAAGAAAGCAGCUGCCUAUAGCUGCCUGUGUGUGCCUGCAUGAGCUAGCGGGGGAGUAGGGUAGGACUAUGUUAACAGAAGAAUGACUAGAUGAUCCAUGGAUGGUUUUGGGUGGAGGAAGACCCAUAGAUUUCAGCCUGUUUGGAUGUAUGCUGCUAGGAAUAUUUCUGUGGAAUAAAAGAGAGGGAGAGGAGCAGGAAAGCCACUGAGGUACGACACGCCCCCCUCGAGACGGUGAGGUCCCUGGGGUUGAUUACAACUUUAUGUCCAUAGAGGACUUCCUAAAUCUUGAGCAGUGUGGAACACUACUGGAAAUAGGAACGUAUGAAGGUAACUAUUAUGGGACCCCCAAGCCGCCGAGGCAGCCCGUGGUUGGGACAGUGAUUUUCAGUGAUGCUGUGCUCCUCAACGGCCCCCCAGGCUCCCAGCAGUCAACUCCCAAGCACACCAAGUCUUACAAUGACAUGCAAAACGCCCGAGUAGUGCCUGCUGACUACGAGGAUGACGACCAGGCCACGGAAAUGAACAACAGUUUUACAGGAUCCUUAGUGCGUAGUCUCUUCCCCUCUCCCUUGUUGUGCACAGGUAACUCUAGCGACCAGGACGAGAGCCGCGGCGGUGUUCUUCAGCCAUAUCCCGCGCGCGAGAAUGCUCCGUCCUAUGGUCUGAACAACGUGGCCGCCCCCACCUCGGACAACGGGCAGCAGACACAUGCCCAACCCCAGGCCUCUCCUGAAGACCCCCUGGGACCCCUGCCAGACAACUGGGAGAUGGCCUACACAGAGAAUGGAGAAGUCUACUUUAUAGACCACAACACAAAGACCACAUCGUGGAUCGACCCCCGGUGUCUUGAGAAAACUCUGAAACCUCUGGAAGAGUGUGAGGAUGAUGAAGGGGUACAUACCGAGGAACCAGACAAUGAACUAGAGCUGCCUGCAGGAUGGGAGAAGAUAGAUGACCCAGUGUAUGGGGUGUACUACGUAGAUCACAUCAACAGGAAGACCCAGUAUGAGAACCCCAUAGUGGAGGCUAGGCGCAGGAUGCAGCUGGAGCAGCAGCAGCCGCAGCCUCCUGAAGGUGAGCGGUACAUUCGAGAGUGGAUAGAGGAGCACUCCUCAGCUGGUGCUCCCCUGGCCAACUAUGCCAAUAACCACCUAGAGACGUACCGCGACCCGCAGGUCCCGCCCCCACUGCCCCCUGCUCUGGGAGGGGCCAAACGAGGGAAGCCAUUCUUCACACGGAACCCAGCAGAGCUGAAGGGAACUUUCAUCAACACCAAACUGAAGAAGAGCCGCCGCGGAUUCGGCUUCACCGUAGUUGGGGGCGAUGAGCCGGAUGAGUUCCUGCAGAUCAAGAGUUUAGUCCUGGAUGGUCCUGCUGCUGUGGAUGGGAAGAUGGAGACAGGUGACGUGAUAGUGAGUGUGAACGACACCAUCGUUCUGGGCUACACCCACGCCCAGGUGGUGAAGAUUUUCCAGUCCAUCCCGAUCGGCUCCAUGGUGGACCUGGCCCUGUGCCGCGGCUACCCCUUGCCAUUUGACCCUGAUGACCCCAACACCAGCCUGGUGACCUCCGUGGCCAUCCUGGACAAGGAGCCCAUCAUCGUCAAUGGCCAGGAGAGCUACGACUCUCCGUCCAGCCACGGCAGUCAGACCGGAGGGCCUGUUAACGGGAUGAGGGAGCCGCGGGCCCACAGUCCCUCGGCAGAGGUGGUGUCCAACGGCUCUCACGGCUACUCCUCCAGCGACGUGGUCACCCUGGCAUCAUCCAUCGCUGGGCAACCAGAGCUAAUCACAGUGCACAUGGAGAAAGGCGAUAAGGGCUUUGGAUUCACCAUCGCUGACAGCCUGACGGGAGGGGGUCAGAGGGUGAAACAGAUCGUGGAUUACCCCCGCUGCAGGGGCCUGAAGGAGUCAGACAUUCUGAUGGAGGUGAACAAGAGGAAUGUCCAGAACAUGAGCCACAACCAGGUGGUGGACCUGCUCAGCAAGUGUCCCAGAGGGAGCGAGGUCACCAUGCUGGUGCAGAGAGGAGUGGUGGCGGCCAAGAGGAGCCCCAAGCUGGUGCAGCAGCUGGAGAGGAAGGACAGUCAGAGCAGCUCCCAGCACAGUGUGUGCAGCCAUCGCAGCACCCACACAGACUCCCCCAGCCACCCCCCCUCCAACAUGCCCAGUGAGGCCAUGGCCCCCCCUCCGGCCGCACCCACUCAGCCGCUGCCUGGCUUGCCUCCGCUGCCCACCCAGGACCCUGGAGAUGGCACCAUGACCCUCCAGAAGAAGCCAGACCCCUUCAAGAUCUGGGCCCAGUCCAGGAGCAUGUAUGAGAGCAGACAGCCAGAUUGCCAGGAGCAGGAGAUUUUCCUGUGGCGGAAGGAUACAGGAUUUGGGUUCCGCAUCCUUGGAGGAAAUGAGCCUGGGGAGCCGAUCUACAUUGGACACAUAGUGAAGUAUGGUGCAGCAGAUGAGGACGGACGCCUGCGUUCUGGUGACGAGCUCAUCUGUGUGGACGGCACGGCGGUGGUGGGGAAGUCCCACCAGCUGGUGGUGCAGCUGAUGCAGCAGGCCGCCAAGCAGGGCCACGUCAACCUCACCGUCCGACGCAAGAGCUCUGGAUACGGAGUUUCGAAAGGGGAGGGUGACGUGCCCCCGUCCCCUGCCUCGUCCCACCACAGCAGCACCCAGGCCCCCUCCCUGACGGAGGGCAAGCGGACCCCCCAGGGCAGCCAGAACUCCCUCAACACGGUCAGCUCUGGCAGUGGCUCCACCAGUGGCAUCGGCAGUGGGGGAGGAGGUGGCUCCGGCAGUGCUGUGGUCACCGCAGCCCUGCAGCCCUAUGACGUGGAGAUCCAACGUGGAGAGAAUGAGGGUUUCGGAUUCGUCAUUGUGUCAUCUGUCUCUAGGCCUGAUGCUGGGACUACGUUCGCUGGAAAUGCAUGUGUGGCCAUGCCCCACAAAAUAGGGCGCAUCAUCGAGGGGAGCCCAGCGGACCGCUGUGGGAAGCUGAAGGUGGGCGACCGCAUCUUGUCUGUCAACGGCUGCUCCAUUACCAACAAGUCCCACUCGGACAUCGUCAACCUGAUCAAGGAGGCCGGGAACACAGUCUCUCUGAGGAUCAUUCCUGGCGAUGAGUCCUCCAACGCGUCUCUGUUGACCAACGCUGAGAAGAUUGCCACCAUCACCACCACGCACACACCCCAAACUGCCACGGAGCCUCGGAACAACUCAAAGUCGAAACAGGCUCCUCCUCCACCUCCUCCAACACAAGCUCAGCCCUCACAGGAUGCAGAGUUCUACUCUGUGGAUCUGGAGCGGGACAGUAAAGGCUUUGGGUUCAGCCUGAGAGGAGGACGGGAGUACAACAUGGACCUAUAUGUGUUGAGGCUGGCUGAGGACGGGGCGGCUGGCAGGAAUGGCAAGAUGAGGGUGGGAGAUGAGAUCCUGGAGAUCAACGGCGAGAGCACAAAGAACAUGAAGCACGCACGGGCCAUCGAGCUGAUCAAGAAUGGUGGCCGGAGGGCACACCUGGUCCUCAAGAGGGGCGAUGGAUCUGUACCUGAAUAUGACUCCAGCCAUGACGGGCACUCUCCCACACCCGGGGCACAAAACUCUCCGGAAGUGACAACCCUGCCACCAAACAGCCGAUAUCACACCUCAUCGGAGUCAAGUUAUCCACAAGACCUUCACAAACCAUCACGCCACAAGGAUGCUGCGCAGGGCCGAGACAGGGACAGGAUGGAGCACCAGGGCCGGCACUUUAACCCCCACCACCAUCACACCUGGAACAACAAUCACAGCCAUACCACCCCCAGCCAACACUACCCUGAAAACAGCGGCGGCAACAAUAAGAAGAGCCGGGGACGCAAAGUCAACAAGUCAGAGUCAGAGAGCGGCAUCUCAAAACUAUUAAAGACUCUGCGUAAGGACAGCUCUAGGAAGAAGGCUGCAGCUGCAGCGGCAGCUACAGAACGAGAGCGGGAGCUCUCCGCUAGUAGCAGUACUCUAGACCCGAGGUACAGUCGACCACGCCGCAGCUCCCUCGACCGUUCGCCCACCCGUAAACAUAAAGCCUCCCCUGACCGACGGCGGUCCAAGUCCAUGGAUCGCAGGGUCGAGCGAGCACACCGAGACCGCACACCCGAAAAGGAGAACGAGGACGGAGGUUUCCUCAGUCAUGCGGCUACUCCUGAACAACCACUCUAUGACCGCAGGCUCCUGAGGGAACCACAGACCCCGGGCCGAGCCUACUUAGAGGCCACCACCGCAGAGCGCCUGAACAAAAGGGCUUCCUCCCUGUCUCUUUCCAGGGGGUGGACUCCUGACAGAGGCAGUCUGAAGAACGGCAACCUCCUGAGGGACUCGCCGGUUGAGACGAGGGAGGAGAGGUAUGGGAUGAACGGAACGCCAGUGAGACGGUACAGAUCAGAGAGAGAUUCGUCUCCAGACAGCAGCUAUAGCAGGGAGGAGCUGAACUACUGCAGUACACUGAAGAACAAUGCCUCCACUCACAACCACACAGGCUACAACGCAGCAGGACACUGCAACAACGCAGCAGGACACAACAACACAGCAGGACACAACAAUACAGCAGGACACAACAACGCAGCAGGACACAACAACGGAGGAGGUCGCGCCCAGAACCAGUUCCCCGUGCCUAUGAGAAGGCUUUACAAAGAGAGCCCCAAGGACCUCAGCAUCUGAGUGGACAGAGCCUGGACCCUGGCCUCUCACCCCUCAACUUGUGUAGGCCACAGUACAUACACUGGACUUGGACUUCUGAGGAGAUUUACUUCCAAUCGCCUGGUUGAUUGAUUCAUUGAUUUGACUACAUGUGAGCCGGGACAGAGAUUCAUACCACAGCAGGAGUACAAUCUUUUUUUUGUUCGUACUGUAUGUUUUGCUUCUGUUCACAUUAUUUUGAGCAUUACGGCAGUUGUUAAUACUGUAGUGAAGGUAUGUGUAUGUGCCUAUCACAUCACAAAUGGCGAUUUAGCUUUUUUGGGCAUCUCUGUUUGGAACCUCAGAGGGAACACAUACAGUCGCUGGUGAAAGUCUACACACCGCUUGCAUAGUCUUCACAUUUUGCUGCCUCGAAAUGUAAUCAAAACAUUUAUUAAAUUAGAUUGGUAGAACAAUUAUCUACAAAACCUACUCCACAUUUUCAAAGUGAAAGAAAAAUUAUAGAACACCCCCCUCCAAAAAAUUGUUAUUGAUUCCAUGACUCUUAGCGCAACGUAUAUCCAUUGUUUUUGUCAAAAUUGCUCAAGCUCAGUAAAUGUGGUUGGGAAUCAUUGAUGGCCAGCAAUAUUUCAGGCUUGUUUCGGAUUUUCAAGCAAAUUUAAGUCAUCAUUGAGACUGGAAAACUCACACUUUUACACCUCUUCGAAAGCCCUCCUAGCGGGUCUUUGGUAUUAAAAUGUGUGUAAAUGUCCCGUGUGUAAAUGUCCCGCUGACAAAUAAAACUCUGUCCCAGGGUUAGGUUUUCAGAAAACUACGGCAGGUUUUUACCUGGGCUUUUUUUAUCCUGACAAACUCCCCUGCCCCUGCCAGCCUACCCAUAACAUGAUGCUGCCACCACAAUAAUCGAAAAUACAGAGAGUUUUCCUCUGUGUUGCAUUAGAUUUGAUUCAAAUCAGCAGUUUUUUAUUUAGUCCAAAAAGUAUUUGCUGUUUUGUCUUGCAGUAUUAUUUAACAGCCUUGUUGCAAACAUAAUUGAUGAUUUGGUGUGGAUUUUUUUGUUGUUGAAAGUCAUGUGUCAUCUGAUACACAACCCAACCAAGCCGCACUGCUUCUUAACACAGCGCGCAUCCAACCCGGAAGCCAGCCGCACCAAUGUGUCAGAGGAAACACUGUGCACCUGGCAACCUUGGUUAGCAUGCACUGCAUCCAGCCCGCCACAGGAGUCACUGGUGCACGAUGAGACAAGGAUAUCCCUACAGGCCAAGCCCUCCCUAACCCGGACGACACUAUGCCAAUUGUGCAUUGCCCCACGGACCUCCCGGUCGCAGCCGGUUAUGACAGAGCCUGGGCGCGUACCCAGAGUCUCUGAUGGCACAGCUAGCGCUGCAGUACAGCACCCUUUAACCACUGCGCCACCUGGGAGGCUUGAUGUGGAUGUUUUAACACAGGUUUCCUUCUUUUCACUUCAUCAUACAGGCCACUAAUGUGGAGUGAAUGCAAUGUUGGUGAUCCUCUGUAUUUUCAAGUAUUGUGGUGGCAGCAUCAUGUAAUGGGUAUUCUUGUCACUGACAGGAAAUGGGGUUGUCAGGAUCCCAAAAAAUAUAUGAAAGGAGCAAACCACAAGUCAAAAGUCUGAGAAAAGUCAGCCGUAGUCUUCUGAAAACCUAGAGGUAAUUAGUGCUAGACACACCAGAAUGGCUUUUCAGGAGGUGUUGAGUGAUCCAGUCUUAGUCAAGACUUAAAUAUUCUUUCAUAUCACAGACAAAGUUUGAAUAUUGCUUUCCACCUAUGAUUUCCCACCCAAAUUUACUGAGCUUGAGCAAAAACAAUGGAGCUAUGUUACCCUAAGAGUUGGUAAAAUCUUAUUCAAAAUUAUUCAGUUUUUAUGUUCUAUAAUAUUUCUUUCACUUAAUAAUUCUUGUGACUCUCAAACCCGGAUCCGGGAGCGUAAUCAUUGCCUCAAACUAAUUAGCAUAACGCAGCGGACAUAAAUCUUCCUAGAAAAUCUUCCUAUUCAUGAAAAUCACAAAUGAAAUAUAUUGAGACACAGCUUAGCCUUUUGUUAAAUCACACUGUCAUCUCAGAUUUUCAAAAUAUGCUUUACAGCCAACGCUAGACAAGAAUUUGUGUAAGUUUAUCAUGGCAUAAUGCAAUGCUAGGCUCUGCUGCCAGCAGGCAACAUUUUCACGAAAAUAAGAAAAGCAAUCAAAUUAAAUCAUUUACCUUUGAAGAACUUCGGAUGUUUUCACUCAGGAGACUCCCAGUUAGAUAGCAAAUGUUCCUUUUCUCCAAAAAGAUUAUUUUUGUAGGCGAAAUAGCUCCCGUUUGUUCUUCACGUUUGGCUGAGAAAUCGACCGGAAUUAUUUUCCAAAUUAGCUCCAUAAUAUCGACAGAAACAUGGCAAACGUUGUUUAGAAUCAAUCCUCAAGGUGUUUUUCACAUAUCUAUUCGAUAAUAUAUCCGUCGGGACAAUUGGUUUCUCAUAAGAAGCGAUUGGAAAAAUGGCAAGAUUUUCUGUGGGAGCCAUCAUGUGACCACUUGCUCAAUGUGGUCCCUUAUGGCUAUUCUUCAACAUAAAUGUGUAAAAAGACGUCACAAUGCUGUAGACACCUUGGGAAAUACGUAGAAAGCGUAAGCUCAUUCGUAGCCCAUUGACAGCCAUAUAAGGAGUCAUUGGCGUGAAGUGGUUUAAAAAAAUGCGGCACUUCCUGAUUGGAUUUUUAUCUGGGUUUCACCCGUAACAUCAGUUCUGUUGCACUCACAGACAAUAUCUUUGCAGUUUUGGAAACGUCAGAGUGUUUUCUAUCCAAAGCUGUCAAUUAUAUGCAUAGUCGAGUAUCUUGAUGUGACAAAAUAUCCCGUUUAAAACAAGGAACGUUUUUUAUCCAAAAAUUAAAAUACUGCCCCCUAGUCGCAAAAGGUUAUUAAAAAAUGUUUAGUAGGUUGUGUAGAUCUAUAGAAAAGAAAAUCCAAUGUAAUCCCUUUUUAGAUACAAAUGUUGUUAGCAAAAUGUGACGACUGCCAGAGGUAUGUAGACUUUCACUAGCGACUGUAUGUGUUCCCUCUGAGGUUUCAAACAUGCUCCUUACUGUGGUAACUGGUACUUCAUGGUGGGCUUGUUUUUAAUAUGUUUUUUUUGUGUCAUUUUCCACCUCAGAAUUGCUUUAUAAAGCAAACUAUAGCACAAGAUGUUGGUGGUAGUGACAUUUUAUGGACAAGUGGAAUGGACACUUGUUAUGGACAUACCUAAGUGAAUAUCAUACAAGAGUAAAGGCAAACUCACAUUUUUAUAACCAAUAGUAAUUUUAGAAAUAAUAUAUUUUAAAUCAAACUUUUUGCAUUUGUCCUGCUAUUUAUUUUAAAUUGGCACAUACCACAACGAAGCUUGGUUAAAGCUUAAAGGACCAAGUUAUAUGCCCCAUAACCUGAAAAUAAGAAUCUUUGUUAUCCCUGCUGGAUUUGCUGUAGAAUCGCCAAAGAGGGAAACUAACAUACAUCUCCUCUUCUCUCAGUCAGAGGUGUCUGAGUAGACUGCCUGUGGUGGAAAUAAACAAAGUUUUGUAUUCCUAUUCAGAGGAAAGUAGAAGCAACAUGUUAACUGACUGGAGCCUUGUAACAUGAAGCCUGUUUCACAGUUAUAAGCAACAUGGAGAGGUUGACUAAGAGAGGUCAAAUGGUUUGAAUGUAACCACAGUCCUAGAAUGAAUUGAUCCUAUAUACCGAUGUAGACGUGAGGAAAGCUAAACCACCACAUCUGAUUGGCUUGAAGAUUCAAUAGAAAAUAUUGAUCAACGGCCCACUGAUCCCAUACAGGUGAAAUGGAAGUAAUUCCUCUCUUCCUCUCCCUGUCCAAGGAAAUGAGGUGAUGAUGUAAUCAUGUAAGGUAAGUUGUUGUGAUGGUAAUAUAUGGAAAGUUCCGGUACAGAAGUAUCUGCCAUGCUGAGCCAUGCUUUCACACCACUGGAGUAUGACUGCAGCUUUAACCUUGUUUUUCUGUAUAUUUUAUGUUUUAUGUUUCACAAAACAUCUCAACUGAUAUAGGAAAAACUACAACCAAUGCAUUCUUUUAUCACUGUUUUUUCCAUGGUACUGUAAAAAAAAUUGCAAAGAAGAGCAAAAAAAAAGUCAUUUAAAGAAGAAUAUAACCUGCCGGCCACCGCCUGCACAGAAUCUAUGUAACUAAUAGGAACCUGUCAAGGAAUAAAUUGCUGCCUUUUUCUUGUACAAAAGAGAAAUUUAUGAGAAACCUCUGCAGUGAGGAAUGUGAUAUUGUGUUUAUAUUUCUGAAAUGGACCUGAUGAUUCAUGGGAAAUAUGUUAAUGUACUCUGAAUCAGGUAUGUAAAGACAUUCUAAAAAUGGACGACUGUAUUUGUUCAAUUAGAAACUGUUUGUUGGUUUGAAUAUCUCUUGAUGGUUAGCCUGCCUUUGUAUUAUAAAGCACUUGUAUGCA